UAUUAUAUUAAUAAAUGUUUAUGGAAUAUGGAUGGGUAGGCAUGGACCAAUCCGGGCCUUCUAGCAUAAAGAGCAAGUUGCCACGCCAGCAAUCCAUUGGGCUUAUAUAUAGUGAUUGUAUGGAUAUGGAAAGUUUAAGAACAUACAUAAAUUCCUCAAGGUGUUUGAGAAUUAAUUAUAUUUUAUAUUAUUAUCUAUAAUAUUAUAUAUUCCAAAUAUGCCCUCCAAGAAAAUAGCAGCAGAGGCUAAUUUUCCGGCGGAGCAUUCUCCUCCGGUGGUGGUGAGAGAGUACGAUGGAGGGAGUGACAAGGCGGCGGUGGAGGAGUUAGAGCGGCGGUGCGAGGUGGGCCCCCCGGGAAAGCCGUCGCUCGUCACCGACCUCAUGGGGGACCCUAUUGCUAGGGUCCGGAACUUCGUCUCACACAUUAUGCUGGUUGCUGAAUAUGGGCAUGGAGGAGAAAUAGUUGGUGUAAUUAGGGGCUGCAUAAAAACUGUGACAAGUGGAAAGAAAAUAUCAAGCACUGAAUUUCCAGUCUAUGUGAAAUUGGCUUAUAUUCUUGGCCUUAGGGUUUCAUCCACACACAGGAGGCUCGGUAUCGCAACGAAACUCAUUCAAGAAUUGGAAAAUUGGAGCACAAAAAAUGGUGCCGAAUAUUCAUACAUGGCCACCGAACGAACCAACCAACCCUCCUUAAAUCUCUUCAUUAAAAAAUGCAACUACGUAAAAUUCCGAAACCCUACUGUUUUAGUACAACCCAUUCAUCUCCAUCAGAAGCCGUUACCCUCCGAUAUAACCAUCGUUCGAAUUCCUCCAAAUAUAUCCGAACAAAUUUAUCAAACCCUAUUUUCUUGCUCGGAAUUUUUCCCUAAAGACAUUGAUAAAUUAUUAAACAAUAAGCUCAACUUAGGCACUUUCAUGGCCUUGCCGAAGAAUUCGCACUCGAAAUGGAACCCUAAAAAAACCGAAGAUUUAUUACCAAAGUCUUCGUUCGCCAUACUUAGCGUUUGGAACACUAAGGAGGUUUAUAGGCUACAAAUGAAGGGUGUUUCGGCCUUUACGCAUGCGGCAUGCGUCGGCACUAGGGUUCUUGAUGCUAUGGUGCCGUGGUUGAAAAUCCCAUCGAUUCCGAAUGUUUUCGAGAAUUUCGGUUUUCAUUUUAUGUACGGACUCCAUAUGGAGGGAAAUGAUGGCUCGAGAUUAAUGAGAAAUUUGUGCAAAUUCGUGCAUAAUAUGGCUCAAGAUGACGUGGAUAUAAGGGUUUUGGUCGCUGAGGUGGCGCCCAUGGACCGUGUAAGAGAGGCGGUCCCACAUUGGAAGAGGUUUUCAUGGGAAGAAGAUAUUUGGUGCAUUAAGAGACUUGGAGUACAAGUUGAUGAAAAUAAUUGCCAUGAUCAUUGGUAUAAAUCUUCCGAUUCCUCGGAGGUUAUAUUUGUCGAUCCACGUGAACUUUGAUCGAUCCUUAAUUUGUAGGGUUACGUUUCCCUUUUAAAUUAAAAAAAAUCGACUUAUAGUUUAAUUUCUCAUGUUAUAUUGUAAGUUAUUUGGAGAUGUAACAAAUUAAUGGUCAUCGUUGUAACCUUUGUCUAGAUAUAAUUGGACGAGUCAAUAUCAAUUGCAAAGUUAUAAAGAGACAUUUUCU